AUAUUAUUAAAAAAAAAAAAAUUGUGAUUUAGAACUAAACCAAAUAAUUGGAAAAGAUUUAUUUCCAAUUUAGCUUAAAACCAUACCAAAUCGAAUGUGUGCAUACCUUAAUUUAUAGAUUAUUUUUUAAUAAUUAAUAAUUUUAGAAAAGUAAGAAAACUGAUAUUAAUUUUUGAAAAAAAAAAAAAAAAAUUUAAAAGUAAUUUUGUAAAGUGAGGCGAGACUCGAGAGACGAGAUUGGGACGACGAGAACGUAAAGAAGCAAAUGGGAUGGCGUAGCUAUUCCUAUGAUGGUUGUAGCUUACAGAAACACCCGUAGAUUCCGGUUGCAGGUAAAAGGAGAAAAAGAAAGUCGCCCCGUUUUGAAGCGAAAAUGAGAAGAGCCAAAAAAGAAAAAGUCCCCCCACUAAAAAGUGAAAUAAAUACUUUCACUUUCUUCCUCUUGAAGCUCUAAUAAUUUUGGAUCUGCCAAUUUCAAAUCGCCCCAAACCCCAAAAAACAAAUUUGCUUUUUAGUAUGUAAAUUUCGCUAAUCCUUGUAUCUUCCUAGCUCGCCUUCUUCAACACACACACACACACACACACAUAUAUAUAGCAUUUUCUUCAAUCUUUGUAUCAUUUUGCUUCAUACACAAACCACCUUGUUCAUUCUCUUUAAUCUUCUCCAUUUUUGACUUUUAGCUAUUUAUUUCAGGACUCUCUCUUUGGUGGUGUCAUUUAAGCAGAGGCUUUAAAAGUUCCCGUGCAGGGACACUGCUGCCUCGUUCACUGCGCUCUCAAACUCUUACCACAACUGAUCCUUCCAUUUCAGAGGCCCCAUAUAUAUCAAACACAUAUCACAUGUAUCUCUAUAUAUGUAUAUGUAUCUCUAUAUCUGCAUAUAUAUUAAUUAGUAAUUAAUGUAAGCAUUUUGUUGAACGAUUGCUCUGUUCUUUCUUAUCUACUCGUCUCCACAAUCCGUAUAGUGUUUAAUUCUUUCUUCAUUUCACAAUCAAUUCUCUUCCGAAGAUUGUAUAUAUAUAUCCUUAUUCACACACACAUACACUUAGAGAAUCGAAAAUGAUUACAUGCAUAGCUCGUUCAAACGAGCACAGCGAUGAAUCUCUUAAUCAACCUGAUCAUGAAAUAGACCCUAAUAGUAAUGGCACGCAUGGUACCAAGCAUGCCAUCAAAUCUCUCACUUAUCAGAUCAAGGACAUGGCAUUGAAGGCAUCGGGAGCGUAUAGGAACUGCAAUCCGUGUUCGGGACCGUCGGCUCAGAACCGACACAAAAGCUAUGCCGAGUGGGACUCGGCGUCGGAGAGGUUCCGGCGGACGUAUCGACGGACGGGGAGCUCGAAAUCGAGCUCGACGACGGUGAGGCCGUGGGGAAAGGAAAUGGAGGCGAGGCUGAAGGGGAUUUCGAGCGGCGAAGGGACGCCGGCGGCAUCGGUGAGUGGGCGCCGAGUUGACCCGGUCGUGUUCGUGGAGGAAAACGAGCCCAAGGAGUGGGUUGCACAGGUGGAGCCCGGUGUUCUCAUCAAUUUUGUCUCGCUUCCACGUGGCGGAAACGAUCUCAAACGCAUUCGGUUCAGUCGAGGAAUAUUCAAUAAAUGGCAAGCUCAAAGGUGGUGGGCAGAGAAUCAUGACAGGGUAAUGGAACUCUACAAUGUCCAGAGGUUGAACCGCCACGCUUUCCCACUUCCUACCCCUCCAAGAUCUGAAGAUGAGGUUUCAAAAAUUGAAUCUGCUGACAGUCCUGUAACACCGGCGCUGAGCAGAGAACGCCUGCCUCGUUCAUUGCACCGUCAAGUGGGAGUGGGAAUGGGAAUGGGAUACUCUUCCUCGGAUUCACUUGAACACCACCAUCCAAUGCAAUCUCGAAAUAACCAUGACUCUUCCGGUCUCGCGUCGACCCCAAACCUCUCAAGCAUUAGUGGGGCUAAGACAGAAACAUCAUCAGUGGAGGCCUCUAUAAGGACUAGCUCAUCAAGAGAGGCAGAUCACUCCGGAGAGUUAUCCAUCAGCAAUUCCAGUGAUGUAGAGACAGAAUGGGUUGAACAGGAUGAGCCAGGAGUUUACAUUACUAUCAGAGCACUGCCUGGAGGCACAAAGGAACUCAGACGUGUCAGAUUCAGGUUUGGCUCAGAGGAAGGUUGAUACAUGCUCAAUUUCUGGGCCAUUAAUUGAGCCGGGAAAUGUUCGGGGAGAUGCAUGCUAGAUUGUGGUGGGAAGAGAACCGAGCAAGGAUAC